AUGAAAUAUACAUGGCGGUCGAUUGUUGCUACUACAUUAUUCAGUUAUAUUACUCCGGUUUAUACAGAAGUACCAGUAGUUCCGAUCAAUUUUACAGCUAUUCUUAUUGAAAUAGUCAAUAAAUUUCAAUUACGAGGACGGUUGUUUGCUUUACAUAUUUCAUAUAUUGUAUUGGGAUUAUUAUCAGUUUUAUUUAUGUUUGGUUUAUCAAUCGUACUACUCUCUGAACAUCAAUUGUGCAAAAAGAAAGAGGAAGAAGAUGCAAAAACGAUGGAACUUGUACCACACGAUAUUUUUGAAAAACGAUCAAGUUCAUCAAUGUCACAAACCGGACAAAGUCAAUAA